ACAGAUACAUCAGCAAUAACGGAGGCGCACAGAGCGAGGAGUGGAUGCUCCGCCUCCGAGCUUUAUAACCCCGGAGCCACACCGCUCCAGUCUGUCUUUGUGACACUGAGACUCUGCUGAGACUGAGGUAAGAACACAUUUGGCAUCCUUUCUCCUCACAGCUGCUCGCUUUAGCCUCCAGUUUGUUUCUAUUUUUCUAUAAUUUAGGGUUUUCUGUACCUUUGGUUUAUUUUUAAGUCCCCUCAUGUCUUAUUUUGUUUCUUAUUUCUUUCUUUGUUUUCCACUGUUUCUGUUUUAUGUCGACUUAAGUGAUGUUGACUCUUUAAUUGCUUAUUUAAUGGAGUUGUGAACAGUAUGGGCACACUUUUAUAAUUUAUGAUGUUUAUAAAUUCAGAGAAAUGUUUGAGUGUGAAUGUUUAAUUCGUGUGAAAAUUCAGUUUCAUCGCCCACAUGAAUACACACACACCAGCUUGUUCACAUACACGUUUAAUGCUUUAUCCUUUGUCGGUGUUUGCUUAUGAAUAAUGGAUUUUUGUGAAUGUGUGUGUGCAUGUGUGCAUUUGUGUGUGUGUGUCUGUGUGUGCACGUGUGUUAUGUGAUCUGUUAGAAAGAAAGCCCAGAGGACCUGACAGAUGACGACUGGCUGUAUGAGGUCGACCCUGGAGCCUGAACAUCGACUGAUGACACAGGAAAGCAGACCCUGUAAAGAUGGAGCUCUUGAUUUUCAAUGUGAUAGUGAAAAAUAAAACUCAAUAUCUUGUAUAAAUAACCACCAUUUAAGUUACUUUUUAAAGCGAAUUGAUUACGAAUAAAAAAAACAUAGUAAACAUAGCUAUGGUUAAUCAGAAUUUACGUUUUACAUGUAUAGUGAAGGAUGCACGUUUGUCUCCUGUGUGACAGAUGGGGUUUCAGAGAGCCUGGUGGACAUGAAGUCAGAAAUGAGGAAUGAUGAGAAGGAGGAGGCGCUCUGCACAGAGAAUCAGGGGGAAGACCUGCUGAAGAAACCUCGCAGAAAAGACACGCCUGUCCUCAACUCUCCACCACAUAUACCAGGUUAAUGCUCACACAGACACUCACAACAAACACAAACAUCAGUGCUUGUUUUGGUUAGCAAUCGGAGUAAAAAAAAUCUGGUCUAGACUGUACUCUGUUUACAACGACACAAAGUAAAGAUGGAGUAAGGUUCAACCACAAGAUUUAGCAUUUUGCAGCAUUUAGCAAGUUAUAAUGAAGAGGACAAACUUCCUUUAACAGGCAGAAACCUUGAGCAGAACCAGACUGGUGUAAAACUGUCAUCUGCUGCUGCUGCUGGAUUGAGUUUAAAGAGGGGGUAGAGGGAGAUGCAGAGAGAGGGGGUGGUUAGAGCAGCUGCAGAGGAAACUUCAGCACGAUAGAGCUCAGAGACUCUUAGAAAAGACUGUGUUCAUGGAUCUAAUGGGACAUGAAGGUUCAAAUUUAAUGACACUGACAGAAAGGUGAUAAGUGUGAUUUACAUCAUUCUGUAGCAUUUCACCCUUACAACAAAUAUGACAGUGUAGUGGCUGCAUAACUUUCAGGUGACAGUCUUUGUUUUUCUUUCCAGGAGCACGAGUACAAAAGGCAAGGAUGCCGAUGGUUCACUCAGAGGAUGAGGAAAAGGAUGCGAAGGAUUAAAGCCUUUAUUUCAUUUAUUUUGUCCAAAAUAAAUCUUAUUUCCAUUAAGGACUCUUGAAUCAGCCUUUUUGAUUUAACAAAGCUUCGUUUACUUGUCAAAUAUCACAAAAAACCAAAAGAUUUUUGAAAAGGGUUUUUUAAUAAAUUACUGCGGACAAACAUGUCAAUAAGUGGACAAAAGCUGAAAUGUUUUAACUCAAGAGGACUCCUUCGAGGCAUUUUGUGUCUCAAUUCAAUUUAAUUCAGCACAAAUUAAUUUAACAAGUUUAAUAACAGGGCAUCAUUUAAUUUAACACAGAGAAAAGGUCCCUUCUCCUUGAUUUACACCGUAUUCAACAGUCUUCGACAAAGAUAAAAACUGGUUAUAAAAAAUGAGCGUCUACAAAGUGUUUUAAGUGAUUUGAGGUUUAAGGCUUUUAGGAGGACCUCUGCUGGUAUUUUUAAGUAGUUGCAUUUUAUUCGGUUAAAAAAAAAAAAGAAACCGGCAGGAGUCAGUAGGAGUCCACGUACAAGAAGGGGAAAUACGUGUUCAUAAGAGACUUGUUCAACAUGAUUAAGUGCAUAAAAGCUGAAUUCAGUUCCUGAAGUUCAUAAGUUUUGAUCUUAACAGCAUGUCCUCUUUGAUAACUGAAUUAUAGUACAACUCUACAGACAGUAAAUAAAAAUAAAAAAAACUACUCUUGGUACACAACAGUAUACCUGAAUACCUCUUCAGUGUAUUACUGGGAUUGUUUUUACUGCU